AUGGAGCGCCGCACACUCCUCGCCCAGCCCAGGCUGAGGACCAGGGACGCCGGCUGGACGCUUCUCUAUUUCCUCGGCUCCGUCCUCCCGCAGACCGCCCCGCAAGUACUCCGGAUCGGAGGGAUUUUUGAAACUGUGGAAAAUGAACCCGUUAACGUUGAAGAAUUAGCGUUCAAGUUUGCGGUCACCAGCAUUAACAGAAAUAGAACCCUGAUGCCUAACACCACAUUAACCUACGAUAUCCAGAAAAUUAACCUUUUUGAUAGUUUCGAAGCCUCACGGAGAGCAUGUGACCAGCUGGCUCUUGGUGUGGCUGCUCUCUUUGGUCCUUCCCAUAGCUCCUCCGUCAGUGCUGUGCAGUCUAUCUGCAACGCUCUCGAGGUUCCGCACAUACAGACUCGCUGGAAACACCCCUCUGUCGACAACAGAGACCUGUUUUACAUCAACCUCUACCCCGACUACGCGGCUAUCAGCAGGGCGGUCUUGGAUCUGGUCCUCUACUACAACUGGAAGACGGUGACCGUGGUGUAUGAAGAUAGCACAGGUCUCAUUCGCCUGCAAGAGCUCAUCAAAGCUCCCUCCAGAUAUAACAUUAAAAUCAAAAUCCGCCAGCUGCCCUCUGGGAAUAAAGAUGCUAAGCCGUUACUCAAGGAAAUGAAGAAAGGCAAGGAGUUCUACGUGAUAUUUGAUUGCUCACAUGAAACAGCCGCUGAGAUCCUUAAGCAGAUCCUGUUCAUGGGCAUGAUGACUGAAUACUAUCAUUACUUUUUCACAACCCUGGACUUAUUUGCUUUAGAUCUGGAACUCUAUAGGUACAGUGGUGUAAACAUGACUGGGUUUCGGCUGCUAAAUAUUGACAACCCCCACGUGUCUGCCAUCAUCGAGAAGUGGUCCAUGGAGAGAUUGCAGGCCCCACCCAGGCCUGAGACUGGCCUUUUGGAUGGCAUGAUGACAACCGAAGCUGCUCUGAUGUAUGACGCUGUGUACAUAGUGGCCAUUGCCUCCCACCGGGCUUCCCAGCUGACCGUCAGCUCCCUGCAGUGCCACCGACACAAGCCCUGGCGCCUUGGGCCCAGAUUCAUGAAUCUGAUCAAAGAGGCUCAGUGGGAUGGCUUGACUGGGCGUAUCACUUUCAAUAAAACCGAUGGCUUGAGGAAGGAUUUUGAUCUGGACAUUAUUAGUCUCAAAGAGGAAGGAACUGAAAAGAUUGGGAUUUGGAACUCCAACAGCGGGCUUAACAUGACAGAUGGCAACAAAGACAGGUCCAAUAAUAUCACCGACUCUCUUGCCAACCGAACGCUCAUCGUCACCACCAUUCUGGAAGAACCCUAUGUGAUGUACAGGAAAUCUGAUAAGCCCCUGUAUGGAAAUGACAGAUUUGAAGGAUAUUGCCUGGAUCUGUUGAAGGAAUUGUCAAACAUCCUGGGUUUCAUUUACGAUGUUAAACUCGUCGCUGACGGCAAAUAUGGAGCUCAGAAUGACAAGGGAGAGUGGAACGGAAUGGUCAAGGAGCUUAUAGAUCAUAAGGCCGACCUGGCAGUGGCUCCUCUAACCAUCACCUACGUGCGGGAAAAAGUCAUCGACUUCUCCAAGCCCUUCAUGACCCUGGGCAUCAGCAUUCUCUACCGGAAGCCCAAUGGCACUAAUCCAGGGGUCUUCUCCUUCCUCAACCCCCUGUCCCCUGACAUUUGGAUGUAUGUCCUCUUAGCCUGCUUAGGAGUCAGUUGUGUACUUUUUGUGAUCGCAAGGUUUACACCCUACGAGUGGUAUAACCCCCACCCUUGCAACCCUGACUCAGACGUGGUGGAAAACAAUUUUACUUUACUAAAUAGUUUCUGGUUUGGAGUUGGAGCUCUCAUGCAACAAGGAUCAGAGUUGAUGCCCAAAGCCCUCUCCACCAGAAUAGUUGGAGGGAUAUGGUGGUUUUUCACCCUAAUCAUCAUUUCAUCCUACACUGCCAAUCUGGCCGCCUUCUUGACAGUGGAGCGAAUGGAAUCCCCCAUUGACUCAGCGGAUGAUUUGGCGAAACAAACCAAGAUAGAAUAUGGGGCUGUCAGAGACGGAUCGACAAUGACCUUCUUCAAGAAAUCGAAGAUAUCCACCUAUGAGAAGAUGUGGGCUUUCAUGAGUAGCAGGCAGCAGACUGCCCUGGUCAGAAACAGUGAUGAGGGGAUCCAUCGAGUGCUCACCACUGACUAUGCCCUGCUGAUGGAAUCCACCAGCAUUGAGUAUGUGACACAGAGAAACUGCAACCUCACCCAGAUCGGGGGCCUCAUUGACUCCAAAGGUUAUGGAGUGGGAACGCCUAUUGGCUCUCCUUACCGGGAUAAAAUUACUAUUGCUAUUCUUCAAUUACAAGAAGAGGGGAAACUGCAUAUGAUGAAAGAAAAAUGGUGGAGGGGAAAUGGCUGUCCAGAAGAAGACAACAAAGAGGCCAGUGCUCUGGGAGUAGAAAAUAUUGGGGGCAUCUUCAUUGUUCUGGCUGCUGGACUGGUCCUUUCUGUAUUUGUAGCCAUUGGAGAAUUUAUAUACAAAUCCCGAAAGAACAGCGAUAUUGAACAGUGUCUCUCUUUCAAUGCCAUCAUGGAAGAACUGGGAAUCUCACUCAAAAAUCAGAAAAAGUUAAAGAAAAAGUCAAGAACUAAGGGGAAAUCAUCCUUCACAAGUAUCCUUACUUGUCAUCAAAGACGAACUCAGAGAAAAGAGACGAUGGCGUGA